AUGACUGAUUCAUCUUUGACAAGUAAUACUGUUGAACUUCAAGAAUAUGAACAUGGACGUAAAUCAACGUGUUUUCACAUCAGUAAAUCGCACCAUACAGGCCAUGAACCUCGUUCACCAUUCAAAGUUAUACCACAAGACAGACGUUUACGUCGUUCACCAUCAACAGGAACUCAUCAUUCACCAUUAGUAAUUAAAUUAAUUUCAUUAUUUGAAGAAUUCUUUCUUGCUGAAGAUUAUCCGGAUGGAGUUAGUGAAGAUUAUUUAGAAUUUCAAUUCUGGAAUACAAUACAAACCGGUUGUAUCGCAAUUACGGGUGCUCUUGCCUUUCAUAUGGUAUUUACGGGAAUGGGUAUUGGAAAUCCGGCAUCAAGUUCCUUAGCUGCAACGAUCAUUUGGCUGUUGAAGGAUGGUGCUGGAAUGUUAGGAAAAAUAUUUUUUACAUGGAUUCAAAGUUCUCAUCUUGAUGCUGACUGUAAAAGAUGGCAUUAUUACGGUGAUUUGUUGAAUGAUUUUUCUUUCUUACUCGAUUUAAUAUCGCCUUAUUUUGGUUCAUACCUGUUGUUAAUAACAAGUACAUCGAAUAUAUGCCGCGCAAUCGUUGGUGUAAUACAUGGAUCAACUCGUGCUGUCAUAUUUCAACAUCAUGCGCGAAAUAACAAUUUAGCUGAUAUAAGUGCGAAGUGUGCAAGUUUAGAGACAAUUAUUAAUGUUAUUUUACUCACAUUAUUGGACAAGACACCCGUAUUAUUAUGGUCUGUGUUUACAACUCUGACUACUAUACAUAUUUAUGCGAAUUAUCGUUCAAAACGCGCAUUAUUAUUCAAUAUAUUUAACUUUAAUCGAUUUUAUCUUGUUUGUUUCAAUUAUUUUAACACAGGAACAAUAUCUACUGUGGAAACGGUGAACAAUCAAGAACCAAUCUUAUACCCAUUGAAAAAACCGUAUGCAUGUCGUUUAGGUUUAUCCAUUAAACACAUACCAUCACCAACAUUACAGUCAGCAAAUAUACAACGUUAUAAACAGUCUGAUAAUGAAAGAUUUCUUAUUUUGUUUUCACAAGAACAAUUUUAUGUUUUACUCAAACCAGAAAUUGAUGAUGAUGAUCUGUUACGUCUUCACUUUUAUCUCAUGGUUGUAAUGUAUACUAUGCAAAAUAAAAAUGUACUCAAAAUAAGUGAAUCAACAACAAAUUUUGAAAAUGUUUUUCAACAAAUUAGAAAUGAAUUACAAAAUACUAGUGAUCAUAUUAAUUUCGAAACAUGUCUCGAUAUAUUGCAACAAUCAAAUGAUCAAUAUUAUCAAAAUUUUAAACGAUGUUGUAUUGAAAAAGGAUGGAAUAUGAAACGAUGCCUAUUUAAUCUUGAAAUACAUCGAUGUAAAUGA